CUUCUCUCCCUUGCCUAAGCCGGACUCAUCUCUCAACACGGUUUCUUACUAUUUAUUUGCUCUCUGAGCUAGGAUCUGUCAUCUUUAGUUCCAAACCCGGUGAAUAAUCUAUCGCAUCGGGACUAUAAUCGCCAAGCGUCUUUCAUCCACCCCCGAGGAGCUUUUCUAAUUAGAUCUCUCUAGCGAAUACUUACGUACUUAAAAGAUGGGCGCCGUACUGUCUACCAUCAAUGAGACUUAUCACGCGUCAGCCGCCUUCUGGUCGGAGCUCUCACAGAGUGCCUCUGAGGGCAAUGCCCUUUUACAACGCAUCACAACUCCUGAGUUUCCAGUGCCAGAUCCCACCAUCGCUUUCUGGCAGACUAACCCAAAAUAUCCUGAUUUGGUGGACACGAGGUCUGCGGAGCUUCCCCAGUCAGCAGAUAUUGUGAUCAUUGGAUCCGGAAUCUCCGGGGCGAGCGUGGCUUACACUAUUCUGACAGAAUGCCAAGCAAUGGGUAUAGACAGAAGGAUUGUAAUUUUGGAAGCACGCCAGGUGUGCAGUGGUGCAACGGGAAGAAAUGGUGGCCAUUUGAAGUGUUCACCUUACCACAUGUACUCGGAUCUGAAGGGGUUACUGGGCAAAGAAGGUGCAAAAAGAGUGCUCCGUUUCCAAAUGAGACAUCUCCCUACAAUUUUAGAGCUGGUCAACGCUGAAGGUCUUGAGGACGCAGAGGCAAGGGAAGUGGAAACUGUGGACAUUUUCAUCGAACAGACAAUGUGGGAUAAAGCGCAGGUUAUGGUCCAAGAACUGCGACGGGAGGUUCCGGAGUGCGCGCAGGAUACGAUGAUUUGGGAUGCUAAACAAGCGCAAGAGAAAUUCGGCGCGAAUAGUCAUUGCUACGGAGCUAUUUCGUACCGUGCCGGAGCUAUGUGGCCGUACCGACUGGUCACUUCGAUUUAUAAGAGCUUGCAGACUAAGUACCAAUCGGCAUUUUCCAUCGAAACGAGUACCAGGGUCGAGGAGAUAUAUGUUCAAGAUAACGAUGAUAUGCCCUACCUUGUUCGUACGUCCCGUGGCAACAUACGUACUACCCAUGUCAUUCAUGCUACGGAUGCAUAUGCACCAAACUUGAUCCCCGGGUUGAAAGGUAAGAUCUUUCCUGUUCGCGGGCACAUGUCUGCUCAAGCAGCCAAAGGGCCCUCAUCACAGUUGGAUGGCUCCAGGUCGUGGAGUAUUAUUGGCAAAAAAGGUUUCGAGUAUAUUACACAGCGACCUCGACAAUCCGCAGGCCCUCAUAGCCCUGGUGGAGAAAUCAUGCUCGGUGGCGGUCUAUGUAAAUCGGAUGGAAAAGGCAUGGAUGAGAUUGGGAUCUGGAAGGAUAAUAAUGUUGACACCACUGUCAGUGCUUACUUGGGUGGAAUCUGGUCAGUCGUUCUGGAAGACGAACAUGCACACGUGCUGCAACUGUGGUCAGGGUGUAUGGGAUGGACGCCCGAUCUCGUCCCCUUCGUCGGAAAAGUUAGUCCAACAUUCACGAAACGGCGAAGGGUCUCCAAUCCACAUGGGGGGACAACCUCCGACCCAGAAAGCACCCCAGCAAACGAAUGGAUCACAGCCGGCUUUAAUGGCGAUGGAAUGGUGCUAGCGUGGCUUUCCGGGACAGCUGUCGGACUCAUGGUUUUAGGACGUGAGAAUGAUCAUCUCGAGGCUCGACCCGGCCGACCCGCAGGCAAGGUCACGGAUUGGCUCCCGAAAGAAGUCUAUCUUACCGAAUCAAGGGCCCGGGACUUGAGUAUCUUCAAACUUGCGCGAUUUUUGUAAAGGGUUACCUAGUCUGGGUGACAGAACUGGAUCGCUAUACGAAGAGGCUUUCAUAGUGUUAAGAUAUCACAUCACCCCAUUCGAGUAUUCAAUUAACCUAGACUUCCUUGAUUAUUUCC